GGUUUGUGAAUGAUUUUAGUACAAUACAUGUUAUAUCUGACUUUCUGUUGGGGAAGGCAAUUGACAUGAAGGAGAAGUCAGUUGGGAGUUAGGCAGUGAUUGUGACAAUGGAGUUUGAUAAAACUACUGAUAAUUAUGAGCUCAUGGUGAUUCUCUGAUCAUUGCAUACUGCGUGUAUGAGAAAAUGGCAGGAGGUGCGGAUCUAACAGGACCUAAUGUUGUGUCUAAAACUUCAGUCGACCGAAGCCAAGAUGCAGAUAAAGGUAAUAAUCACCACAGGCCUGGCAUUGAUGCAUUGCUUAUGGCACCAAAAAUACCAAAGCCAGUGCAUCCGGUUUCCUCAGCAUCCGAGGGGGAGACAAUCCGGCGACCUCGUGGUAGGCCGGCGGGUUCUAAAAACAAGCCAAAGCCACCUAUCAUUGUCACCCGCGAUAGUGCUAAUGCGCUUCGUGCGCAUGCUAUGGAAGUGAGUUCAGGCUGUGAUGUGAGUGAAAGUUUAACCAACUUUGCAAGGAGGAAACAAAGAGGCAUUUGCAUACUGAGUGGUAGUGGUUGUGUAACCAAUGUCACACUGCGGCAACCAGCUUCCUCCGGAGCCAUUGUGACCCUCCAUGGCCGUUUUGAGAUUCUCUCAUUGCUCGGAUCAAUCUUGCCUCCUCCAGCCCCUCCUGGGAUUACAGGUCUAACUAUCUACUUAGCUGGGGCUCAGGGGCAGGUUGUAGGUGGGGGUGUGGUAGGUGCACUCAUUGCUUCGGGGCCUGUUGUGAUCAUGGCUGCAUCGUUCAUGAAUGCAACGUUUGAUCGUCUUCCACUGGAUGAAGAUGAAGUAGCUGUAGCUUUGCAAAACCAACAAUACCAAAAUGGUCGUCACCACCACCUGGAUAUGUCAGAUUUAUAUGGACUUCCACCAAAUCUGCUCACUAAUGGUAAUGUGCCCCCUGAGGUUUAUUCCUGGGCAUCUGGCCGAACUAUUUCAAAGACUUGAAACAAGAUU